GACACUGUACACAGGCCUGUGUCCUCCAUGGAUCUGUCUUUUUUCCCUUAACCUCUUCAUACAGUCGGCGGCAGAAGCCCUUCACUUCUUGUCAGAUGAUUUCUUUUGACUUUGUUCCAUGUUGCGCGCGCAGACUGAUGUCAUUCGUUUUAUUUCUCUGUUUUUGUGACGAUUAACAAAAUCUCCGCUUUGUGGAGACGCCGAGACUUCUCCUGCUGCCCCUGCUCUACCGUAUGGGCUACUACUAAUCCAAACCUGCUACAGACAUGGAUGUCCCACCAGAGCGCCAUCUAGUGGUGUGUCUGUGGAUGGCCCUGUGCUGCCUGUGGGGGGGUCUGUCCAUACCAGAUCCCAAAUAUAGAGAGACUCUCAUGGAGAUGGAGGCGUCCAUGCAGACAGGAGGCCAGGUGGUGUUGAGUGAGAAGGAGAAACUUCUCAACUCUCGACUUUUACAAAUGAAACAGGAGGAGGUGAUGAGGAAAGACUUUCCACCUGCAGUGCACUUCUUUAAAGCCAGGGACCUGAUCGAAGAAAGCCCCCUCUUCAGUCUGCUGCAGAAAGUGCCUAAAGGGGCAGCCCUUCACGUGCAUGACUUCUCCAUGACGGACGUGAAGUGGCUGGUGAAGAAUGUGACAUAUCGGCCUCACCUCUACAUGUGCUCUACAGACGCACAGUCCAUACGGUUCAUGUUCUGCUCCCAAAUGCCCAAACCACUGCCUCGCUGCUCCCCCUGGGUUUUACUGGAAAAACUCCGAGCUAUGACUGUUAAUGUGACUGAGCUUGAUGACAGAAUAAUGAAGAACUUAACCCUCUUCACUGAGCUGGACCCAGACGUGGUGUACCCGACACAGGACGUGGUGUGGGAGCGGUUUGAAAAAGCGUUCCGUGCUGUGAGCGAUCUGGUCAGUUACGCUCCAGUCUUCAGAGAUUAUUAUUACCAAGGCCUCAGCGAGUUAUAUGCAGACAAUGUCAUGUAUCUGGAGCUGCGGACGCUACUCUCUGAGAUGUAUGAGCUGGAUGGCAGAACUCACGAAUUGACUUGGACUCUAAAAACCUACCAGGAUGUCACAAGACAGUUCACAGCAGAUUUUCCAGACUUCUUUGGAGCAAGAAUAAUUUUCACUAUUCAUAGGUAAAUUACGGGUGCGGUGAAUUCGACCGUGAUGGACCAAGUUGUAAAGACGGCCAUGAAGUUGAAGAGAGACUUCCCAGACUUUAUGGCAGGCUUUUGAUUUGGUGGGCCGUGAAGACCGAGGAGAGGACCUCUGUGGUAUUUCCGAAAUGAACUUUCUCUCCCAUCAGACAAAGGACUGCCCCUUCCCUUCUACUUCCACGCAGGAGAAAACUAGUAUGUCUGUGUUUAUUACAAUUUGGAGGGCUCAGAAGUGGACCAGAACUUGCUGGAUGCUUUGUUGUUCAACACAUCACGCAUUGGUCAUGGCUUUGCUUUGCUACGACACCCUGUGGCCAAGGAAUUCUCCAGGAAAGAGGAAGUAGCUUUGGAAAUUUGCCCCAUCUCCAACCAGGUUUUAAAGUUGGUAGAUGACUUAAGAAACCACCCUGGUGCAGUCCUGAUGGCAGAGGACCACCCUUUGGUCAUCAGCUCUGACGAUCCAGCCAUGUUCGGUGCCUCUGGUUUGUCCUACGACUUCUACCAAGCCUUUGUUGGAUUUGGCGGCUUAAGGUCUAACUUAGGCACCCUCAAAGCACUGGCUAUCAACUCCAUAAAGUACUGUUCAUUACCAGCCCAGCAGCAAGAGAAAGCUUUGGCUAUGUGGCAGAAAAGAUGGGACAAGUUUAUAUCCGAAAAUACUCAAUAGACAUUUUUAAAGGGUGUAGACUGGAUGUUUCUUAAUGUGAUUAGUGCUUUCAAGUCUCGAGAGAUAACAGUUUUUAUGAUUUUUAAAUAAAAGUCCUUACCUCAAGUAGAGGAGUUCAAGUAUCUCGGGGUCUUGUUCACGAGUGAGGGAAGGAUGGAGCGUGAGAUUGAC